GUGCGUCACUCUUAGGGGCUCUCACAGGGGUGUUGGUGGCCCCAGGGAACCUGGCAAAGGUGGCGGCGCUCCCAGGGGCCCUACCUGGGGCGGUGGCGCACCCAGGGUCCUUCCCAGGUGUGGUGGCCCCAGAGGGUCCCUCCCAGGGGCACCGGUGCCCCCAGGGGACCUCUCAGGUGUGGUUGCGCCACCAGGCGCCGGCCAAGGGGUAACGUCGACCCCAGGGGACCGCCAAGGGGUAACAUCACCCAGAGGGGACCGCCAAGGGGUAAUGUCGCCCACAGGGGCUCUUCUUAGGGGCAUCGAUGCCCCCAGGGGCUUUCGUCAGGCCGCCGGCCAAGGGGUAACGUCGCCCCCAGGGGACCGCCAACGGGUAACAUCACCCAGAGGGGACCGCCAAGGGGUAAUGUCGCCCACAGGGGCUCUUCUUUGGGGCAUCGAUGCCCCCAGGGGCUCUCGUCAGGGGUCCCUCUCAGGGGCACCGGUGGCCCCAGAAGGCCUCUCAGGUGUUGUGGCGCCCACAGGAGCCCGCCAAGGGCUAACGUCGCCCCCAGGGGAACGCCAAAGGGUAACGUUGACCCCAGUCGCUCUUCUGUGUCAGCUAUGCCUCCAGGGGCUCUCCUCAGGGUCACCGGUGCCCCCAGGCGAUCUCUUAGGUAUGGUGGCGCCCCCAGGGACCCGCCAAGGGGUAACAUCGCCCCCAGGAGCUCUUCUUAGGGGCAGAGCGAUGCCCCCAGGGUCUCCCCUCACGGUCAGCCGUGCCUCCAGGGGUCCUUCCAGAGCAGGUGGCGCCCCAAGGGGCAGCGGGGCCCGCCAAGGGCUAAUGUCGCCCCCAGGAGACCGCCAAGGGGUAACGUCGCCCCCAGUGGCUCUUCUUUGGGGCAGUGAUGGCCCCAGGGGCUCUCCUCAGGGUGCGUCGCUCUUAGGGGCUCUGACAGGGGUGUCGAUGCCCUCAGGGUCCCUGGCAAGGGUGGCGGCGCUCCCAGGGGCCCUACCUGGGGCGGUGACGCACCCAGGGGCCUUCUCAGGUGCGGUGGCGCCCACAAUGUCCCUCCCAGAGGCACCGGUGCCCCCAAGGGACCUCUCAGGUGCGUCGCUCUUAGGGGCUCUGAUAGGGGUGUCGAUGCCCUCAGGGUCCCUGGCAAGGGUGGCGGCGCUCCCAGGGGCCCUACCUGGGGCGGUGACGCACCCAGGGGCCUUCUCAGGUGCGGUGGCGCCCACAAUGUCCCUCCCAGAGGCACCGGUGCCCCCAAGGGACCUCUCAGGUGUGGUAGCGCCCCCAGGCGUCGGCCAAGGGGUAACGUCGCCCCAUGGGGCCCGCCAAGAGGUGCAUCGAUCUUGGGGCUCUCCCAAGGGUGUCGGCGACCCCAGGGGCCCUGACAAGGGUGGCGGCAAUCCCAGGAGCCCUGCCAGGGGCGGUGGCGCACCCAGGGGCCUUCCCAGGUGCGGUGGCGACCACAGGUUCCCUUGCAAGGGCACCGGAGCCCCCAGGGGACCUCUCAGGGGCUCUUCUUUGCUGCAGCAAUGCCCCCAGGGGCUCUCCUCAGGGGCACUGGUGCCCCCAGGGGAGCUCUCAAGUGUGGUGGCGCGCCCAUGGGCACGCCAAGGGGUAGCAUCGCCCCCAGGGGCUCUUCUUAUGGGCAGCGAUGCCCCUAGGGGCUCCCUUCAGGGGGCCCGCCAAGGGCUAACGUCACCCCCAGGGGACCGCCAAAGGGUAACGUCGCCCCCAAUCGCUCUUCUGUGGUCAGCUAUGCCUCCAGGGGCUCUCCUCAGGGUCACCGGUGCCCCCAGGCGAUCUCUUAGGUGCGUCACUCUUAGGGGCUCUCACAGGGGUGUUGGUGGCCCCAGGGAACCUGGCAAAGGUGGCGGCGCUCCCAAGGGCCCUACCUGGGGCGGUGGCGCACCCAGGGUCCUUCCCAGGUGUGGUGGCCCCAGAGGGUCCCUCCCAGGGGCACCGGUGCCCCCAGGGGACCUCUCAGGUGUGGUUGCGCCACCAGGCGCCGGCCAAGGGGUAACGUCGCCCCCAGGGGACCGCCAAGGGGUAACAUCACCCAGAGGGGACCGCCAAGGGGUAAUGUCGCCCACAGGGGCUCUUCUUAGGGGCAUCGAUGCCCCCAGGGGCUUUCGUCAGGGUUAG